CUAAUUGUCAUUUUCAAAUAAAUGUUAUUAAAAACAUUUCAAGUUACGAUUUUGGUUUUGUUGCUAGAAAAAGUUAAAAGGAAACAUUUCAGGAAAAUGUCGGCUGCAUUUCGAUUAGCAAAGAAAAAGUAUACGCAGCAAGAUUUGCGGCGAAUUAUGAAUGAAACUAGAGCAGGAUCUGGGAAACAGACUGAAGCAUCCACGAGGAAAAUUGAUUCUCCACUGGCAAAAUAUAACGAAGCUGGUCAACUCACCUGCGCUUUGUGCCGAUCUGUUGUCCGUUCGGAGGCAGUAUGGAAGGUUCACAUCAAUUCGAAACAACACAAAGAAAAUAUCGAGGAAGCUAAAAAACUGAAAGAAAAAUCGGCCCAAUCGGCAGCUGCUGAUUCUGCAAAAGCACAGCCAAACCCGCAAUCUGUUCCGAAAACACUUACAUCUGGACCAUCUCCGAUUGCGACCUCCUUUAAGCGUCCAUCUUCGCCUUCUUCCAACUCAAAUGCUAGUAGUAAUAAGAAACAGAAAGGAAUUCUCAAAAAUUCGAAUCAGGAUUUGAAGCAUUCGGACAAGAACGACCUUCCGGAGGAUUUUUUUGAUUCGGGUGCGACAAUACAAAAAGAUCUUGUCAACAUUCGACUUCCGAGCAGUAGUAGGUUAAACGAGGAUAAGAAUGUGGCCGAGGCAGUUCCAGAGGAAUGCCCACCGGAAGAAGAAAAAAUCCCCGAAGGUUUCUUUGACGAUCCGAAAGCAGACGCCAAAGCGCGAAACAUUGAGUACAGGGAUCCCAACGAUGAAGAGUGGGACCGCUUUCAGAAAGAAAUCAAGGAAGCAACUACCGAAUCGAUGGCCAUCAUCAGUGAGGAACAGGAAGAGUCUACGGUCGAGCGACAAAUCAGUGAAAUCGAUGAACAGAUUCGUAACUGGUCACGGGUGUUGAGUUUGGAGAAGAAAAAGGAUGAAGUAAGGUGCAAAACGGCUACGGCACUGGAAGCCGGCGAACGGAUGCUCAAGGUGAAAAAGGAAAAGCAAGACCACGAAAGCGAAGAUGAGGAUGAUGAUGAGGCCGGGGAUUUCGACGAGUUUCCUGAUUGGCGAGCGAAGAAGUCCUUCAAGUGAUUGUUGUUUUUAAGCGCUUGGGAGGUGUUAUAUAAGGUAUAUGUUUAAUAAA